AUGAUUCCUAAUAAUCAAAUAUAUGGAAUUAUGCUCGAAAACAUUGCUGAGAAAGUUAGCUGUUACUCUUUUAUAGCAGAUGAGAAUUUUAAUAUAAAAAUUAUUGAUGCCCAUAUAAAGGAAUCUCGCGAAUGCUUUUUUAAUACCUAUCUUUUAUGACGAUGCAAUUUUUCUUUUUGGAUAUGACUUUAUUGAAGGAAAAAAAAUUGCUAA